GUGAACUGCCGCCCGCGGCCGACGUAGUGGCCGCAGUCGGCGUUCCUGGGUUAGGGAUUUCGCCGCCCGCUUUCGGCCCUACUUGGCUCAAAUAACGGUGUUGAUGGCCAUGCAGGAGAAAUACCCAAGUGAGAGGAUUUCUCAUGCCACUUCACCAGGUUCCAGUGUAAUUCAAAAGGGUAGUUCCCUGGGAACUGAAUGGCAGACCCCAGUUAUCUCAGAGGCUUUUCGGAGUCGCUUCAGCCGCUGCUCAAGUGUGGCUGACAGUGGAGACACAGCCAUUGGCACAUCAUGCUCAGACAUUGCAGAGGAUUUUUGUAGCUCAAGUAGCAGCCCUUCUUUCCAGCCCAUCAAAAGCCACAUAACCAUUCCAACAGCCCAUGUGAUACCUUCCACUUUGGGGACCUCUCCUGUCAAGCCAAAUUCUAUACCUGCUGGACUCUCUUCCUCCAAACUCCCUUUGUCAGGGCUGGCUGAAAGUGCAGGGAUGACAAGAAAUGGAGACCUUGGUGCAAUGAAACGUUCUCCUGGCCUGUCUAGAGAUUUCAUGUAUCUUUGUGGUGCUCCUGGAGAAAAUGGAAUUGAGCAGUCCUGGUUUCCAACAGUGGGCCAUGAAAGAGAAGAAGAGGUGAGGAAGUUUGAUAUGCCCAGUAUGGAGUCUACCCUUAAUCAGUCGGCAAUGAUGGAGACACUUUAUUCUGAUCCCCACUACCAAGUCCACUUUCACAACCCAAGAGCUGACACGAACAAGGAGUUAUACAAAGUGUUGCCUGAGACCAAGAAGGCACCGGGCAGUGGGGUGGUAUGUGAGCGGAAUGGACCUCACCCUAAUAGCAGUGGAGUGCUCCCUUUGGGACUCCAACCUGCUCCUGGCUUCUCCAAGCCUCUACCCUCUCAGGUAUGGCAGCCGAACCCUGACCCUUGGCGCCCACAUGAGCGGUCUUGCGAGCUCAGCACUUGCCGGCAGCGGCUGGAGAUGAUCCGUUUGCAGAUGGAGCAGAUGCAGCUUCAGAAUGGAGCCAUCUGCCACCAUCCUGCUGCUUUUGCUCCAUCACUGCCCACAUUAGAACCAGCGCAGUGGAUCAGCAUCUUAAACAGUAAUGAACACCUUCUGAAGGAAAAGGAGCUCCUCAUUGACAAGCAGAGGAAACAUAUCUCUCAGCUGGAGCAGAAAGUACGAGAAAGUGAACUGCAAGUCCACAGUGCCCUUUUGGGCCGUCCUGCCCCCUUUGGGGAUGUCUGCUUGCUGAGGCUGCAGGAAUUGCAGCGAGAGAACACUUUCUUACGUGCACAAUUUGCACAGAAGACAGAAGCCCUGAACAAAGAAAAGAUCGAGCUUGAAAAGAAACUCUCUGCUUCAGAAGUUGAAAUUCAGCUCAUCAGAGAAUCACUCAAAGUGGCGUUGCAGAAGCACUCAGAGGAAGGGAAGAAACAGGAAGAAAGGGUAAAGGGUCGUGAUAAGCAUAUCAAUAAUUUGAAAAAGAAAUGUCAGAAGGAAUCAGAACAGAACCGGGAGAAGCAGCAGCGUAUUGAGACCUUGGAACGCUACCUGGCUGACCUGCCCACCCUGGAAGACCAUCAGAAGCAGAGCCAGCAGCUUAAGGAUUCUGAGUUGAAGAGUACAGAGCUGCAGGAGAGAGUGACCGAGCUGGAGAGUUUGCUGGAGGAGACCCAGGCAGCCUGCAGAGAGAAGGAGGUUCAACUGGAAAGCCUAAGACAGAAAGGAGCAGAACUCUCCACUAGACAUAGCCUGCAAGAUAAGCAGAGUGUGGAGGAGGCCAGUGGAGAAGGUCCAAAGGUGGAAAUGGAGUCCUGGCAGAAAGAAUGUGAUUCCCUUCGAAAGAUUGUGGAGAAGCAACAGCAGAAAAUGGAUCAGCUGCGUUUACAAGUACAGACCCUAGAGCAAGAAGUGGCUCAGGAAGAAGGAACAAGCCAGGCCCUGAAAGAGGAGGCCCAGCGGAGGGAGACAGCUCUGCAGCAGCUACGCACAGCCGUGAAGGAGCUUUCAGUGCAGAACCAGGACCUGAUUGAGAAGAAUCUGACACUCCAGGAACACCUGCGCCAGGCCCAACCAGGGUCCCUGUCUUCACCAGACACAGCCCAGCUGGCAUUUGAGCUGCACCACGAGUUGGCCAGUUGCCUUCAAGAUCUGCAGGCUGUCUGUAGCAUUGUGACCCAGAGGGCCCAGGGCCAUGACCCCAAUCUCUCCCUGCUCCUGGGCAUUCACUCUGCACAGCACCCGGGGACUCAGCUGGAUUUGCAGAAGCCGGAUGUGAUCAAGAGGAAACUAGAAGAGGUUCAACAGCUGCGCCGUGACAUCGAGGACUUAAGGACCACCAUGUCAGACAGAUAUGCCCAGGAUAUGGGAGAAAACUGUGUUACACAGUGAAGAAUGCUGGGGUGGCACACGCUCUGGUCCCCCAGGGAAGAUCUGCUCUGUUGAGCGCCAGUCUGCCCAGGUUCUGCCCCGACAAUCUCUUGCCUCCUGUCUGCUGCUGUUCCCAGAGAGAAGGGGUGGAGGGGUUAAGAACCUGCGUCUGGGGCCGUGGGCUU